AGAACCUUAACCAACAACCAUCCAAUUUCCCCCCCUCUUUGCCAAAGCAAAAUUCUCCUAACAUAAAAAAUAAUGCAAAUUUUGUUUCUCUCACUCUUAAACCCAUUACAACAUGCACCCCACGUUCAAAGAACCCAGCUCAAAAAAGAGAGGCUAACAUAAAAAAAAAAAAAAAAAACACCAUCAAACAAACCACCUCCACCCUUUUCUCAUACUCACCAACUCCAAAAAGAAAAAAAGGAAAAAAAAAAUACAACUCCCAUUUCAUUCGUUACUUUGGCUUCCUCUGUGCUACUUUCCUUCUCUCCCACUAUCUCUCCCUGCAGGGGUCUUAAGACACCCAUGUUUCGUUCUUGCUAGGUUACACCUCAAAAGUUAAACUUUCCUAGGAAUAAAAAAGAAAAAGAAAAAAAAGAAGACGACAAAAACAUGGUUCGAGCUGGGGAACAAGAGCAGGAAGGUUACAAGGCCAAACUGUUUAAUUUCAGAGGGAUAUUUGAGGGCACUGGUAGGCUUACUAAGAGCCUUAGCGUUGACACUGCUACCGUAUUGGAACCUACAGAAGAUGGAGCAGCGUCAUCAAGAAGUCAAGGAUCAAAGCCUCUUAAUGAUUUAGAUAAGAUGAUUCCCAAAGCAAGGGUAAUAAGCAAGGAGGAAAUUUCAGUGAAGGAAGCCAAAGAGAAGCUAUUGCAAGAUAUGGAACAGAUGAAGGAGAGAUUUUCCAAACUGUUGUUGGGUGAGGACAUGUCCGGUGGAGGAAAGGGUGUUUCGUCUGCUUUGGCACUGUCAAAUGCUUUCACAAACCUUGCUGCUUCUAUUUUUGGUGAACAAAAGCGCCUAGAACCGAUGCCGGCAGAAAGGAAAGCAAAAUGGAGAAAAGAAAUUGAUUGGCUUCUAUCAGUCACGGAUUACGUUGUUGAAAUGGUUCCUUCACAACAAAAGUCUAAGGAUGGUUCAAAUAUGGAGAUUAUGACGACACGACAACGAACGGACCUCCACAUGAAUGUCCCUGCCUUGCGCAAGCUUGAUGCAAUGCUUCUUGAAUGUCUAGAUAAUUUCAAAGAUCAAAAUGAGUUCUAUUAUGUGUCAAAAAAUUCAGAUGAUUCAGAUCAAGGCAGUGCCAAGACAAAAAAUGAUGAUAAGUGGUGGUUACCCACCCCUAAGGUUCCUGCAGAAGGUCUAUCUGAUAUGGCUAGAAAAUUUCUGCAGUAUCAGAAAGAUUGUGUUAAUCAAGUACUUAAAGCAGCCAUGGCAAUAAAUGCCCAAAUUCUAACAGAAAUGGAGAUCCCCGAAAGCUAUAUUGACUCUCUGCCCAAGAAUGGAAGAGCAAGUCUAGGGGACUCGAACUACAGGAGUAUAACAGUUGAAUUUUUUGAUCCUGACCAGUUCCUAUCAACCAUGGACUUAUCAUCAGAACAUAAAAUCCUAGAUCUCAAGAAUAGAAUUGAAGCAUCAAUAGUGAUUUGGAAGCGAAAGAUGCACCAAAAAGAUUCCAAAUCUGCUUGGGGUUCUGCAGUGAGUUUGGAAAAAAGAGAGCUCUUUGAAGAGAGAGCAGAAACCAUAUUACUUCUCUUAAAGCAUCGUUUCCCUGGCCUUCCUCAAUCUGCAUUGGAUAUAAGCAAAAUCCAAUACAACAGGGAUGUGGGGCAAGCUGUUCUAGAAAGCUAUUCAAGAGUAUUGGAAAGUUUGGCUUUUACAGUACUUUCAAGAAUAGAUGAUGUACUCCAAGCUGAUUAUCAAAUUCAAUCUCAAAAUCUAUCAGGGAGAAGGAGAAGCUCAGUUUCAAGGCCUUUUAGAGAAGAGAUAGACAAGGCUAGUGCAGAAGCUGGUUCAAUGACAUUAUCAGAUUUUAUGGGUUGGGGCUCUGAUCAAGGUGAAGCAGACAUGAAGAAGGACCCCUAUGCAAUUUCGGAUGACUUAUGCAAAGACGAUGAUGAUCCAAAGCAACAAAAACUUCCAACCAUAGUGACCAACAAGAAGGUGUCAUACCUGGAGACCUUGGGAGUCAUGAGAAGCCCAACAUCGCGUCAUUAAAAGCACAUUAGACUCAGAGGUGUUUGUUGGAUUCUUGAUCAAUUCUUUCCUUUUGUACAUAAGAAUGAACAUACAAAAUCAUCGGCUUUGAAGCAUUGUCAGAGAUGUAUAAUGUAUUAUCCUUAUAAGAAGGAUUUGUAGUAGUCCCGUAGCCACCGAGAUGUGAUUUUUUGACAAUACCUACCACAAGUAGUCAUGUCUGUCCUUUCCCGUGACCUUUUAACUCACCUUUCCUUUCGGUGACAGUGUUGAUGUAGAGAUCAUGCUGUAUUGAUUCACAGGCCAAUUCGUGUAACAUACAACUUGUACUAGUUUUGCUUUCCAUAAAUUAGGAUCAUGCGAGGAAAUCAAGUCAACUGCAUUAAUUAGAAGAUCUUGAGUUUCAUUA